UUGAUGUCUGGCGGGGCCAACUUAGCCAACUUGCCUCAGCACGAGCAGGAGAAGGUGAAUCUGCUGCGACAGGCGCUCUCUCUUCCUGAGGAGUCACUGGCAAUGCUACCUGAAGAUGAACAGCGCGGCAUUCGCAUUUUGAAGGAGAGUCUGCGUCGCAGGGCAAACUUCUAG